AUGGCUCCUGCUGGAAAGAAUUAUAUACCCCCAGGUCGCCCGGCUUCCCCAGGUCCUUUGGCUGCAGAUUUCAUUCAACAACAGAUUGCGAAACAACGCAAUAAUAAUUAUCAUUCUACCUCACUCAGAAACAUGGUUGCCACAUCUGUGAAUCGCACCGCGCUGCACCCUGGUGGUGUCCAGCCGGGCAAGAGCCACACCGAACUGGAGGAGGAGCUGCACGAGACGGCACACAUUGACUAUGACCGAGUCGCAAUUAUUGCCAACCCCUCUGUUCCUGCUCUCUACGAGGACGCUCUUGUCUACGAGACUGGUACAGCUAUCACAUCCAGCGGCGCCUUGAGUGCCUACUCCGGCGCAAAGACAGGUCGCUCCCCCUCCGACAAGCGUAUUGUCAAGGAGGAGUCCUCAGAGAACGAUGUCUGGUGGGGGCCUGUCAACAAGCCCAUGUCUCCUGAUGUCUGGCGCAUCAACCGUGAGCGUGCGGUUGACUACCUCAACACCCGCAAUCGCAUCUAUGUCAUUGAUGGUUAUGCUGGCUGGGACGAGCGCUACCGUAUCAGCGUUCGUGUGGUCUGCGCCCGCGCCUACCAUGCUCUGUUCAUGCGCAACAUGCUGAUCCGCCCGAGCCGUGAGGAGCUCGAGCACUUCCACCCCGACUAUGUCAUCUACAACGCCGGUUCUUUCCCCGCCAACCGCUUCACCGAGGGUAUGACCUCUGCCACCUCCGUGGCGAUCAACUUUGCCGAAAAGGAGAUGAUCAUCCUCGGCACCGAGUAUGCCGGUGAGAUGAAGAAGGGUGUCUUCACUGUCCUCUUCUACGAGAUGCCCGUGAAGCACAAUGUCCUCACCCUUCACUCGUCCGCCAACGAGGGCGAGAAUGGCGAUGUCACCGUCUUCUUCGGUCUCUCGGGUACUGGCAAGACCACUCUCUCUGCCGACCCCAAGCGCAAGCUGAUCGGUGACGACGAGCACUGCUGGACCGACACUGGUGUCUUCAACAUCGAGGGUGGAUGCUACGCCAAGUGCAUUGGCCUCUCUGCCGAGAAGGAGCCCGAUAUUUUCAACGCCAUCCGCUACGGCUCAGUUCUGGAGAACGUCGUCUUUGACCCAAUCACUCGUGUGGUCGACUACGAUGACUCUUCCUUGACUGAGAACACCCGCUGCGCCUACCCCAUCGAGUACAUUGAAAAUGCCAAGCUGCCCUGCAAGAGCGACAACCACCCCACCAACAUCAUUCUCCUUACCUGCGAUGCCCGUGGUGUCCUCCCCCCCAUCUCCAAGCUCACCCCGGAGCAAACCAUGUUCCACUUCAUCUCCGGCUACACCUCCAAGAUGGCCGGCACCGAGGACGGUGUGACGGAACCUCAAGCCACCUUCUCUUCCUGCUUCGCCCAGCCCUUCUUGGCUCUGCACCCCAUGCGCUACGCUUCCAUGCUGGCUGAGAAGAUCAAGGAGCACAAGGCUAAUGCUUGGCUCCUGAACACCGGCUGGGUGGGUGCCGGUGCCACCACGGGCGGCAAGCGUUGCCCUCUCAAGUACACUCGUGCCAUCCUCGACGCCAUCCACUCUGGUGAGCUCGCCAAGGCCGAGUACGAGACCUACGACGUCUUCAACCUGCCUGUGCCCAAGUCCUGCCCCGGCGUUCCCGAUGAGCUUCUCAACCCCAAGAACAGCUGGACUGCGACCACCUCCUUCUCCGACGAGGUCAACAAACUCGGCAAGCUCUUCAACGAGAACUUCAAGAAGUACUCUGACGAGGCCACUCCCGAGGUUCUGGCUGCCGCUCCCCAGACCGAGUAA